AUGGCCUCGACAGUGCACCUGCGGUCCAGGACGUCCCCUUUGGGUGCAAAGAGCCGCUGCACGGCCGGAGCACACAGCCUGACUGCGGUGAGGGGCAGCAUGGACGGGUGGAGCCGCCUGGAGCUGUGGGGGGAGCUGGCUCAGACCUGUGGCCUUGGGACACUGCACCAGGGCUGGGAGCAGCUGUGGAGACUGCUGCUGCUGUGUGGGCUGUGCAGGCUCGGCUUCACACUGGGCCGCUGGUCUCUCCUGAAGCACCUGGUUUCUGCUGGGGCAGGGCUCUGGGCUUUGUUCCUCUUCUUCCAGGCCCAGGCACUGUGGGUGGUGCUGCUGUGUGCCCUGUCCUACCUGCUGCUGCUGCUGAACCAGCGCUCUGGCAACAGGGGAGUGCUGCUAUCUCUGCUCCUGCUGCUCUUCCUCCUCUCUGGAGAGCUGCAUUUUGUGGAGCCUGUGAGCUGGAACAAGAUCCGAGGCUCUCAAAUGGUGGUGGCCAUGAAGGUUAUCUCUCUGGCCUUUGACCUGGACCGUGGGGCUGUGAGCCACCUGCCGUCGCUACCUCAGUUCUUGGGGUACACGUUGUUUGUGGGCAGUGCAGUGUUUGGCCCCUGGACCCCUUUCACCCACUACAUGAGCGCUGUGCAAGGCCGGCCGCUGUCCGUUGGGUGGGCUGUGGCCUGUGUGGUCAGGCUACUGAGGAGCCUGCUGUGUCUGCUGGUGUCCAGCUGUGUGGCUCCAUACCUCUUCACCGUGUUUGUGCCCCUCACCGGAGGCGCCCUCACAGACAGGUGGCUGCGUGCUUAUGAGAACGCCGUCUCCUUCCACUUCAGUAACUACUUUGUGGGCCACCUGAGUGAGAGCAGCAGCAUGUUGUCCGGAGCGGGCUCCAUGCAGGACAAAGAGCCCACACACUGGGACAUGGUGGUGGUCCGGCCGCAGCAAGUGGAGUUCCCCCGCUCUCUGGUGCUGGUGGUCACCUCCUGGAACGUGCCCAUGUCCCAGUGGCUGAAGACCUAUGUGUUUAAAAACGCGGUGAGGCUGGGCACGUUCCCCGCCAUCCUGGUGACCUACACGGCCAGUGCGCUGCUGCAUGGCCUGAGCUUCCACCUGGGGGCUGUGCUGCUCUCACUGGGCUUUCUCACAUACACAGAGCACGUUUUGAGAAAGAAGCUGGCCGCCAUCUUUAGUGCGUGUGUCCUUUCCAGACCAUGUCCCUCUGGCUGCAGCCAUCAGCACAAAACGGAGUUGUGGGUGCUCGGGCUGAAUUUGGGCUUCAGCUUUCUGACCGUGCUGCACCUGACCUACCUGGGCUCCUUUUUCGACCCUGGGCUGAGCGAAGAGGAGGCUGAGGAGGGUUAUGCAGCAGUGCACACCCUCCAGCGGUGGUCCGAGCUCCACUGGACCAGUCACUGGAUCGUCCUCCUGAGCUGGGGCCUCGCUCGCCUGCUUUAG